UUUUAUUAAAAAUGGAUUUCCAAAUAACAUCCGCUGGAAAUAGAAAAAUUUAACGUUGCAUGAAAUGAAUGCAGAUCGUAAAUUCGCCUGGAAAAAAUUGACAAUGACAUUAGCAGCUACAACUGUGAUACGACCGAUUUGCUAGUUAAACAAAAGAAAACAAGUGCGAAUAGAAUAGAUCUUUAGUUGGCCCCUCAGCGACCCUCGCCUUUGGUUGUUUGUGGUUCUUGAUCACAACAACCCGACCGACCGCCCUCCCGCUCGCCUUACCAACAACGUUCCACAGUUCCAUAAAUUGAACAUUUAAACAGAGUGUCAGGAGUACGGCGCGGUGUCCGGCGGAGGCAAAGGCCUGUAAAUUGACGGCAGUUUGUCUUUGCCAUAACACACAGCAGAGUACAGCAGCAAACGACGUUGUAUUUUUUCAUCAGUCAGUCAGUCUUUGUUUGAGUGCUGGGCCGUAGUAUUGUAAAAAAACAGAGCGAGCAGAGAGUAGUGCAACAACAACAACAACAAACAGCCAGCCAGCAUUGAGAAAGGAAAUUCACAACAAAAACAUUGUUCUGUCAGUUACUCAGUCAGUUGGUCAGGUCCAGGUGCAGUUGGGGCAACACAGAACAGAGCUUACCACGAAAAAGAAUGCUGGCUGUACUGGUUAGUUCUUUUAGUUCUUCCAAGGCGACGGGACGAAGGUUAAAAUAAGAAUUAAGAAUUGCAUUGUUUGCAGAUGCACUGGAAAAGAAUUAGCGAUUCGAAGUAAUAAGCAACAGUGAGAUUUGUAAAUUUUAAUUAAGAAUUAUUUAUUGGAGACUAAAGAGAAAACCAAACUAAAUCUAAAACGUCAAUAAUUCUACCGGAAACGCAAUUGACCCCCCAGACGAACGGCUGGUUCUGCACUAGACCAUUGUUUUCCUCUUCGUCGAAACCAAUGAUUUGUUGAUCUCAUUGCCUUUGCAUUUAGCCGUUGUUGUCGACGUCGUCGCGGUCGUUGUGAGCAACCCAACCACACACCAUGGCCAACAGUAGUAGUAACACCAACAAAGAAAGCCCCUCACGGGAAUCCACAAAUUCAUCAUCCGCCCGCAUAUCAUUACUCACCGAUGCUGAAUCAUUCUCACGCGACUUUAGUUUGGGCAGUUUAAAUUCGGCCGUAAGCCAAGAUGAGUUCUUCCGCUGCACCGAUCAUGCCGAGAGUGUCUUGAAGCGAAUGCAAUUGUAUUUGGAAAAUCAUCAAUUGUGUGAUGUUGUCUUAAUUGCAGGCAUCGAUGGCAGACGGGUGCCUGCUCACCGUUUGGUAUUGUCCGCAUCGAGUGCAUAUUUUUCCGCCAUGUUCACGGGCUGUUUGAGGGAAACAAAAGAAGAGGAAGUAACACUGGGCGAAGUUCAUGGUGAUGCAUUACAAAUACUGGUGCAGUACUGCUACACGGGAUUCAUAGAACUGCGAGAGGAUACCGUGGAAACACUGCUCGCCACCGCUUGUCUACUGCAGCUGAAUGCCGUCGUCACUGCCUGCUGCAAUUUUCUCGCCAGACAAUUACAUCCCUCAAAUUGUCUGGGAGUUGCAUUUUUUGCCGAACAGCAAAGUUGUAAUACAUUGUUGCAGCUGGCCACAGCCUACACAUGCCAACAUUUCAUGCAGGUUUGCAAGAAUCAGGAAUUUUUCCAAUUGAACGCCGAUCAAUUGGCCAAAUUACUGGCAAGUGAUGAUCUCAAUGUUCCCUCGGAACAGGAUGUCUUCCAUAGUCUAAUGUCAUGGAUACAGCACGAUCCCAAUAAUCGUGAAAAUCACAUUCCGGAAUUAUUGGCCCUGGUAAGACUGCCACUUUUGCCGCCUUCAUUCAUUAUGGAUCAUGUUGAGAGUGUGUGUGCCUCAAACGAAUGCCAACAGCUGGUUAUGGAGGCCCUUAAAUGGCAUUUAUUACCCGAAAGAAGAUCUCUCAUCUCGUCGGAACGCACAAAACCGCGAAAGUCAACAGUAGGUAGGCUGUUGGCGGUCGGUGGAAUGGAUGCCCAUAAGGUAAAGGGAGCCAUCAGCAUAGAAAGCUACUGCCCUCGUCUCGAUAAAUGGACGGCUUGGAAAAAUAUGUCCGCCAGACGUUUACAGUUUGGUGUGGCAGUUAUGGAUGACAAAUUAAUAAUAGUGGGUGGUCGUGAUGGCCUUAAAACCCUUAACACUGUGGAGAGUUUGGACUUGAAUACCUUAGCAUGGACCCCAUUAAAUCCAAUGGGAACACAUCGUCAUGGGCUGGGUGUUGCCGUACUGGAAGGACCCUUAUAUGCUGUAGGUGGUCACGACGGUUGGAGUUAUUUGAAUACCGUUGAAAGGUGGGAUCCUGUUGCCCGCACAUGGAGUUAUGUUGCACCAAUGUAUUCAAUGAGAUCAACGGCGGGUGUUGCUGUAUUAGGUGGUCGUUUAUAUGUUGUGGGCGGACGUGAUGGCUCUGUGUGUCACAGAUCAAUAGAAUGUUACGACCCUCACACAAACAAGUGGACAAUGCGUGCUCCAAUGAACAAAAGAAGAGGUGGUGUUGGAGUUGCAGUUGCUCAUGGCUUCAUUUAUGCUUUGGGUGGCCACGAUUGUCCCGCCAGCAAUCCAUCUGUAUGUCGUACUGAUACCGUUGAACGGUAUGAUCCUAGCACUGAUACCUGGACUCUAAUUUGUUCCUUAAGCAUUGGCAGAGAUGCAAUUGGUUGUGCUCUACUUGGUGAUCGCCUAAUGGCUGUGGGUGGUUAUGAUGGUAAUCACUAUUUGAAAACCGUCGAAGAAUACGAUCCAGAGGCCAACGAAUGGACACAAGUCUCGCCGCUAACCUAUAGUCGGGCCGGUGCCUGUGUUGUGGCCAUUCCAAAUAUAAUUCCCUCAACACCACCACUUGCCAGUUCAACAAAGGUGUGGAAACCAGUGAGAUUGAACCCUGUCUGCUACCGCCGCAAUGUGGAAUUUGUGGAUUAUUAUCAUCUAUAGGAAUGUGAAUAGUUUUUUCACUUGCAACUGAUAUUUUUCUAAAAUUUUAUCUUAGUAUUAGCCAAGAGCAUACGUAUUAUAUUUAUAGCAAUAUAUCAAAACAAAUAUUUUAUAAUUUUAAUCUCUAAAUAAAAACGUACACACAUACAUACAAUUAUUGGAUAACGAACGAACGUUAUACGAAGAAA